AUGGCCUUCGUGACGGCCCUGGUCCGGCGCGGCGUGAUGACGGAUCAAUUCGUCCGCCUGCUGGAGCUGCAGCUGGACGGCGAGAAUCCCGCUCUGGUGUCGCAGCUGGCCGAGCUGUACAUCCGAGAGACGACGGGCAGAUUGGAGGCGAUCCAGUCGCUGGUGGACGCCCAGGACGUCGACUUCUCCGAGCUGGACAGGCUGCUGCACAAGUUCCUGGGGAGUUCAUCCACCUUCGGCGCCAAGAUUAUGGCGGACACGGGCGCGGACCUGAUCGUGCGGUGCCAGGGGCGCGACGUGGGGGGGUGCAGGACCACGCUGGCGCGCAUACGCCAGCACUUCAUCCACCUCAAGCGCCUGCUAGGAGUGUACGUGGAGCUGGAGACAAACAGGAGCCGAGAUGUGCCGGAGAUCGAUGAGAACUUCGCCCCGUCGAUCUAG